UCAGGGUUUGUUAGGGUUUAACCAAAGUUUCAACUCUUUCAUUCCCUUUUCCCUAAAAUUAAAAUUAAUUCUUGUUUCGCCUCGGUUGAGAUUUCAAAUAUAGGUAAGAGCCCUAAAAACGAGGGGAAUUUGAGUGAAAUACGUCUCAAAUGGUUGGGUCUAAUGGGGUUAGGCUUAUCCACUGCUUCCUUCGCCGCUCUCACUCCCUUUCCUCUACCCUUUGCCACCACCCAAAUUCUAGGGGUUUGAGGAGCUUCACUGCCGGACUUGGAAAUCCAAUUGGAAAUCACACUCCUCAAUUGGCUAAAACUAGAAACUGCUUGGUUUUUGGAGUUCUUAAUCUGAACUUGGGUGCAAGACGGUCAAUUCAUGGCACUGCUCCUCUCUCCGCUAGAGAUUAUUAUGAUGUACUUGGUGUAAACAAGAAUGCUACUUCAUCUGAAAUAAAGAAAGCAUAUUUUGGGCUUGCGAAAAAGCUCCAUCCGGAUGUAAAUAAAGAUGAUCCUGAAGCUGAGAAAAAAUUUCAAGAAGUUUCCAAGGCCUAUGAGGUUUUAAAAGAUGAUAACAAGCGUGCUGAGUAUGAUCAGGUUGGCCAUGACGCAUUUGAACAGCAGCAAAAUAAUAGUGGCUUUAGCGAAGAAGAUUUUAAUCCAUUCAAAUUCACCAACUUUCAUGAUAUAUUCAACGCUCAUGAUAUAUUCAGAAAUCAAAUGGGUGGUGAAGAUAUCAAGGUUGCUAUUGAACUAUCAUUUAUGGAAGCUGUUCAAGGAUGUACCAAAACAGUGACAUUUCAAGCUCCAGUGCUUUGUCAAGCUUGUGGUGGAGAAGGUGUUCCUCCUGGCGUGAAACCUGAAAGAUGCCGGCACUGUGGAGGCUCAGGCAUGCUAUCUAUCAACAGGGGCUUUAUGAGUAUUCGUUCUACUUGUCCUCAUUGUAGUGGAACUGGUCAGUUUGUAUCGAAGCUUUGCAAGUCAUGCAAUGGAGCUAGAUUAGUGAAAGGACCAAAAACAGUCAAGUUAGACAUAAUGCCAGGAGUUGAUAACAAUGAAACAUUGAAGAUUUAUGGAAGUGGUGGAGCUGAUCCUGAUAGAACUCAUCCCGGGGAUCUUUAUGUAACCAUAAAGGUCCGGCAAGACCCAGUUUUUCGUAGAGAAGGUGCCAAUAUUCAUGUAGAUGCUGUUUUGAGUAUUGUUCAGGCAAUCUUGGGAGGAACCAUCCAGGUCCCAACUCUUACCGGUGAUGUUGUGCUUAAGGUCCGCCCUGGCACUCAACCGGGCCAGAAGGUUGUUCUUAAGAAUAAAGGAAUUAAGACAAGGAACUCUUACUCAUUUGGGGAUCAAUAUGUGCACUUCAAUGUUAGCAUCCCAAAGAAUCUGACCCCAAGACAGCGCGAAUUAAUCGAAGAGUUUGCUAGAGAAGAGCAAGGUGAAGAUGUUAAUCGUGCUGCCGGUGCAUCUGGCUGAAGAGGAGAGUGGUAUCACCUGACAAAGAUGAAAUUGAAUAUUAUGAGUAAUAACUGGCGUUGUUUUGAUUUUAGAAGGAAAAAAUGGAUUUUAUUUAGGAUUUUUUGUUUCACCCACAGAUGAGAUUGAAGCAUCAGCUGGAGACGAAUGGGUGAUAAUUGUAUAUGAUCUUUAUUUUGGUA